ACAGGACGCAGCAACCAAUAGACAGGCUCACUGCGUUUUGGGAGUUUCCCAAACAGGGAGAAAAAUAUCCCCACCAGCUACAGCUGCAGCCUCAGCAUAGCCCCCAGCAGCAGCAGCAGCAGCGGUGGUGGCAGCUCAGCCUCAGGGGAACAGCGACACAGUGGUGCCAGGUCUUCUCCCACCCCACCCCAGGCAGCGGUCACUCAUCACCUAUAGUUCCAUCAUCCCGCAGAGGAGAUCAGCCACAGGUCCAUUGCCCGGGAGAGUGACAGAAGUUUAUACUGAGGUCUGGACCAUACUUGCCGAUAUGAAGGCAACACAACCAGAGAGAACCACCCUGUUCAAGAAAGAGCAAAACGGUUCUGUGUACCGGAUCCCCUCUCUUAUCUACAUCAGAGCGGAGAACAUGUUUCUGGCCUUUGCUGAGAAGCGAAAGAAUGAGAGCGACGUCAGUGCUGAUUGUCUGGUCAUGAGACGAGGGGUCUACAAGACCGGAUAUGUCACAUGGGAAGGUGUCCAAAGCCUACAUGACUGUUGCAUGAAGAAACAUCGAAUGAUGAACCCUUGUCCCGUCUAUGAAGACACUACAAAAGUUUUGUUCUUAUUCUUCAACUGCAUACCCGAUGGAAUGACCGAGAAACAUAUGAAGAAGUGGGGCAACGCUUCCAAGAUGUGUUACGUCAUCAGCAGGGAUUGUGGUAAAACCUGGAGCAAUGUAUUUGACAUCACAAACGUGACCAGCUGUAUCAGUAAUCUGGCCACUGUCUUCUUGUCUCCUGGACAUGGAAUCCAGACACAGUCCGGGAAGCUCAUCAUUCCGGCCUACACUUAUGUUGCCAAGUUCUGGUGUAUACGUUGGUGGUUCCCUAAAGCCCACUCAUUCUACCUCUACAGUGAGGACCAGGGGAACACGUGGCGGAUGUCCGGGCUGGUUGAGAAGCUUGAAUGUGGUGAAUGUGAGCUGGCGGAAAUAGAGAGCGGGGAAAACCAAAAAAUGCUGUACUGCAAUGCACGAACUCCCUCUAAGAUGAGGGUGGAGGCGCUGAUGCUGAACGUCGGGGGCGAGUUUAAGAUUGCCGAAAAAAGCAAAAAAUUGAAAGAGGUAAAAAAUAACGGCUGUUCCGGCAGCGUCGUUAGUUUCCCAGGGCUCGAGCAAGCAGGUCAGGAGCGUUCUCACUGGCUUCUAUUCUCUCACCCACAUAAGAAAGAUUUAAGAGAUCUCGGGGUCUUCUUAAAUAAGUCUCCUCUGACGUCCGAGGCGUGGUCUAAGCCGUGGAUUAUUCACGAUGGCCCAGCGGCUUACUCUGAUCUUGCCGACUGCCAGGAUGCCAACACGUGUGCCGUCUUAUUUGAGAGCGGAGCUGACAGCCCCUACGAGGAGAUCAAUUUCUGCCUGUUUACGGUGGAAGAUGUCUUGGAAAACAUUAGCAAGAAAAAAAGCUUGUUUGGUCUAUUUAGAAAGUGAGUGACUUAGCAAGGUCUGUUCUGAACUGCGCUUCCAUUGUGAAUUCACUUUUCCUGUUUAAAAGACGGAAGCGACAUACUAUGGAUUGUCAUCACGUGGGCGAUUGCAGGAUAUUACCUAAUAACAGCCACCAAUACAGUAACAGGACAGAAGGAGUUCUUGGUGGCACCGAUAUUUGCUAUACCUAACUACAGUAGGCUGAAAUAGGGCUAUCCUGAAAAAAUGACCAGCAAGAAGUUCUGUAGGAGCGUACUCGGAGAACACAGGGCUACGUAGUCUUGUGCUUAUGCAUGUAUGACUGUAGGUCACAUUCCCUUCCUAUGGGGCCUAUUCAGUUAGGGACGAUGUGUCGCUGAACAUCCUGUGACGUAUUUGCCAUUAAGGUUUUCUCAACGUUGUCGGUCGCGAUGUGCCAUUUUGGGAUGACACAUCACAGCCGAUCCGCUAAAUGAAUUGCCCACUAUGGGGCAGUUUCUGAGUCAGAUGAAAGCGUGCCUGUGUCUUUUGCUGUAGUCACACCUGUGUCUUGAGAAAGUGCAUUGCCGUAUCUGUGCGUCUUUAGAUGCCACUAUUGAUCGAAACGUGCAACAGCCUACGUCUGAAUGUGGGUUCAGCUUCUUCAGACACAGGCGCUUUCAGCAACACACCCAUGUCUGCCACACCCUGCAACCUCACAGGAACGUCCACUAAAAUUCACAUACCGUGCGCCUGAUCAGGGCCGUCUUAACAACAUUGUUUGGCUGGGGCCCCUAUCCACCAAUUCAAGGGACCUCAUUUAAAAACAUAAUUAUAAUUAGGCCCUCCUGCGGCCCUGCUUAAUCUCUCCACAUUCAAUCUUACAGUGAAUGGCUGCCAGCACUCUGAUUGAUGAAUAGCUCCAGCCAUCCAUCAAUCAUCAUGCUGACCGCAAUUCACUCUCUGGCUGCAGGCUGGGAGGCAGGUAGAGGAUACUGCACUCUGAUUGGUGGACAACUGCAACCUUCCACCAAUCAGCAUGCUGACAGCCAUUCACUCUCUGGAUGCAGGCUGGGAGGCAGGUAGAGGAUACUGCACUCUGAUUGGUGGAUAGCUGCAACCUUCCACCAAUCACCAUGCUGACCACCAUUCACUGUCUGGCUGCAGGCUGGGAGGCAGGUAGAGGAUACUGUACUCUGAUUGGUGGACAACUGCAACCUUCCACCAAUCAGCAUGCUGACAGCCAUUCACUCUCUGGAUGCAGGCUGGGAGGCAGGUAGAGGAUACUGCACUCUGGUUGGUGGAUAGCUGCAACCUUCCACCAAUCACCAUGCUGACCACCAUUCACUGUCUGGCUGCAGGCUGGGAGGCAGGUGGAGAAUGCUUCAUUGAUUAGGCUCUACCCUAAAAUGGAUUAUAUUGCAAAAAUAAAUGACAGGAGACAGUCUAUAUAUACAAGUCUGUACUUCACUCAAAACGUUGUGGCACAAAAUCAAAUAUAAUUACAAGAAUAAAAUAUGCACGCACAAAAUCAUAUGAUCUCUAUAGUAGUCAGCUAUGGUGAAUAAAUAAAAUGAGCAGGAUAUAUGCAGUGCAGCUGCAGCCGGCAAAAUGUAAAGUCAGUAGUCUAUGAGUUCUCAAUAGGAGGGUAAUGCUAGCGUCACAGAACCCAGUGUUUACACGCUUACCCACUGCAAAGCGGGCAGUCCUUGUCGUCCUGUGUUGCAGUCUCACUCAGCUGGGUUACAGGAAGUGCUAGAUUUAGAAACAGCGGUGUCUCAGAAUAUCAGGCCGGGUAUUACCGCUAGCGGCUGCAAGUUCUGCUCGUGAUUCUGUACUGCGUCCCUGAGCGCUGACUAUCGGGACACAUGCGCUGUGCUACUCAGACGCACGUGCAGCCUUAAAACAAUAACCGUUUGCGUGCGGCAUCAGAAUCAGCCCCUGAGUUUCUUAUGGUUUAUUAUCUUGGUCUCCUCCCAGACAAAUGUAAGGGCCUUUAUAGGGGUCUAUUCACGAAGCAGUGAGAAGAGUGGAGAAGUGAGCCAGAGGAGAAGUUGCCCAUGGCAACCAAUCAGUGUUGAGGUGACAUUUAUAAUGUGCAUUCUACAAAAUUAUACGGAGCAGCUGAUUGGUUGUCAUGGGCAACUUCUCCACAGGCUCACUUCUCCACACUUUUCACUACUUCAUAAAUAGACCCUUAAGUCAUGGUAACAUGAAAUACCGGAUUACACAAUGGUCUGGCGCCCCUUUAUAUUGGAGGAGCUCUCUAUAUAUCAGUAGAUAACAGCAGGGAACACGUCAGCAUUCACUAACCAUCUAACCAGCCCACCUGUGCAAAGAGGGGAGAACAUGGUGGGUACUAUCUAUCCGGGACCAGGAUUGUCUGGGGGUCCCCUUGUUGGUGCAUGCUUAGCCUUAGUGGUAACGAGCAGGAAUGGUCACGUCACGGCCAUAUCUGUGGAGUUCUGAAGAUAAACAAAUUGCAGGAAUAUAUUUUAUUCUAGAUGUUCUCCAAUUAGUGAUACCCGACGCCUGUGCCCAACCUAGAGACACACGCAGUCCCCUACGCGUGCGACAGACGGGGCUCUGACAUUACACCAAAUAUCUGGCAGUUUUAUGUAUAACCACAACCGCGAGAUGCUAAAUAACUGGGCCACACGUUGUUAGGGUUAAAAUAGAUCCUUUGCAUAAAUGGGUAUUAUGGGGGUCUAUUCAUGAAGCAGUGAAAAGAGUGGAGAAGUGAACCUGUGGAGAAGUCGCCCAUGGCAACCAAUCAGCUGCUCCGUACAAUUGUAUGGUAUGCAAAUUAUAAAUGUUACUACAAUGCUGAUUGGUUGCCACGGGCAACUUCUCCACUGGCUCACUUCUCCACACUUUUCACUGUUUCUUGAAUAGACCCUAACGUUUCUAAGGGGUAUAUUUACUAAAGUGCGGGUUUACAGAAGUGGAGAUGUUGCUCAUAGCAACCAAUCACGUUCUACUUAUCGUUUAUCUAGCACCUUUUAAAAGAUAGCUAGAACUGAUUGGUUGCUAUGGGAAAUAUCCCCACUUCUGUAAACCCGCACUUUAGUAAAUAAACCCUCAAGUGUAACUGAAGUCCUACAGCGCAAAUGGCGGUUUCCCAAUGUCCUUAGCCCAUUUUUUCCCAUUAACGCGCCCAUUUACAGUAAAGCGCAAAAUACUAGUUUUACGUCUACACGGAAAUACUGGAUUAUCAUUCAGAGUAUGAGCACUUAGGAGAUACAAGGGUUACGGUCCUGCACCUGGUCGCCGAGACGCUUUCCUGCACUAAAUUACCUCAUUUUUUAUGAGCCCUCCGCGAUUUCCACUUCUGUAAGUUAUGAGUAAAAGCCCUUUAAUAUAUAUAUCAGUAACUGCGCAGCAAUGAGUAUUAAAGAUCAUUUACGGUCUAGGGAGAACGCCGCGGCCAUUGAGAAAUAUAAGGAAGUCUGAUGUUGUCCUGACCCGUUUCUUACACAGGGAGGUAUAAUAUGUAAGGAUGAGGUAUAUAUGUAGGAAUUAAUGACGCUGCUGCUGUAGCUUGCAGCACCGGGGAUUGAACUCUUGUUUGUUUACAUCUGACUUCCAUGAUCCUGGAAAACACUGCGGCCACCACCGUUGCGGUUGGGUUCCUUUGUAGCACAAACAGAGAUUCUUAAAUCUCCGGCCUUCUCCCGGUCAGUUUAUAUUGCGAUGAGCUCAUGAUGUUCCGGCCAGGCAGAUGGGAUGAUGGAACGUGUAGGGGUCAUGUGCGUCGUGUAGGGGUUAUGUGCGUCGUCAGACCCCUGAAAUAUCCAUUAACCUCUCGCUGUGGUGCAAAUGAAACAGCAACAAUUGUGAAUUUAAGGCACAUUUUGUGCAUUGUGUAUUUUUGUACUCACCGCAUUUAUCUGCGUCACUAACACAAUGUAUUUUUGGAAAGGAAGACAUCUAUUUCUGCACCGGUCAAUAGAAUGUUUUACUGAUUCUACGGCCAAGAAAUAAACAUUUGCGUUUGAUAAAUUCUUA